AUGACCCUCCCCGGUCCAGUGUCUGGAGAGGAUGGGAGGACCAAAUCAACCAAGAGGAAAGCCAUUCCUCAUCAUCAGAGUCCUGCAAAAAGGCCAAGGCUUUCUGAGGUGGAUGGACCAUCGCUGAUGUCUCAAAACGAAAUCAGUAAAGGGAACAAGAAUAGAUCCUUGACCCUCUCCGGUCCAGUAUCUGGAGAGGAUGGGAGGACCAAACCAACCAAGAGGAAAGCAAUUUCUCAUAAUCAGAUCCCUUCAAAAAGGUCAAGGUUUUCUGGAGUGGAUGGACAAUCGUCAAUCUCUCAAAACGAGGUCAAUAAAGGGAAGAAGAAAAGAAAAUGGGAUGAAGAGGAAGAAGAGGAACCAUCAAAAGCACCCAAGAAGCCAAAAGGACUUCCAGGUCUAGUCCUGAAUGAUGACACAACGUCCUCCUUAAAUAUCUACUCCUGUAGCAACAUUUCAGAAAGUUGCAAAUCUGAGGUCUGCUGCAAGAGGAAAGCCUUCAGCACAGAGGAAGCAAGGAAGAAAGUGGAAAGAGCAGAAGCCCAAAGAGCUGAAUUUGAGGCAAAAUAUAAAGAAGAGGGUCCUAUCUGCAGUGGAGGCUUUGGAUCAGUGUUUGCAGGCUACCGGAAAGAAGAUAAUUUACCAGUGGCGAUCAAACACAUACCAAAUAAAAAAGUGUUGUACGGACAUACUGACCAGGACGGCAAUGAGCUUUCUGCAGAGGUGGCUGUCAUGAAAAGGCUGGAAUCUGCAACAACCAACUCAGUGGGGAAGUCAGCCCCAGUGGCCCUGCUGGACUGGUAUGAAUUGAAGCAAGAGCUGAUUCUUGUGCUGGAGAGACCAGUUUCUGCCGUGGAUCUCUUUGAAUACAGGGCAGAUCAUGGAGGUACACUACUAGAGGAUGAGGCAAAGGUUAUAGUAAAACAGCUGAUUAAUGCAGCUAUAUACCUCCAGGAGAACUGCAUUUUCCACAGAGAUAUAAAACUGGAAAACAUUCUCAUUGAGACGGAUUCAGAUAUCCCACGAGUUCGUCUUAUUGACUUUGGAAUGAGCUGCAUCUACAAAGAAAACACAGAGUUCAACAAAUUUUGUGGCACAGUGACUCACAUCCCUCCAGAGGCCUUAGCCCAGCAUACUCACAGCGCCAUCCCCACAACAGUGUGGCAGAUAGGGGUGGUCUUGUUCGAAAUCCUGCACACCAAAGACUUCCUGUCUAACAGGUUCAUCCAUAAAACACUCAGGAUCAGUGAAACGCUUCCUGAAGAAUGUCAGGAUUUCCUGAAAAAAUGCCUUACAAUAGAUCCAGAGAAACGUCCCACUCUGGAGGAUCUACGAAGCCACCCAUGGCUCACCUAA